GGGCAUCCAAAGGGAGGCACUUUUUCUCCUCCAGCGAUUCAGAGGACGAUGAAGAGACCAAGAAAAAGUUUAAAAUCAAGAUCAAGCCGCUGGUGGCGGACAGCGGCAAGUGUGUCCCUCCAUCUAUGGAUGAGCUAAAAGCAUCAGUGGGAGGCCUGGCACUCUCUCCGUCUUUGAAGAGAAGUCCGAGACGCAGCCCGGGAAUGAUGAAAAGAAACUUGUCCUGUGAGGAGAUCGCUCGACCCAGACGCUCCACUCCCAUACCAAGUCCUGCCCCCGAGACGCCAAGGCUACCGCAGAGCAUUCCUACCUUCUUCGGGCUGCCUUCUGAGACCAAAUAUGCCAGAUAUGAUGUGGUCCCUACUGAUGUAUGGGGAGAAUCAAGACCAAGUUCUGAAUCAGCUUUGAGCAGAAGUUUCCCAACAGGAGCUCCUCCUCCACUUCCUCCAAAAAACAUUCCAUCAAGAAGUCAACAUGGCUACGCUUCGGACUCCACUGCUUAUCUACCCAAUGGAAGGGCAGGUCGCAGUUCUGCUCCCAUCUACCUGAACGUCCUGUCCCCCGCCUCCUACCGAGGCUCCCCGGCCCCUGACCUGGAUGAUGUGUUUGGCCCCACGGACAGCCCCCCUACCAUUGAGGAUGUGGUGUCUCCCAGAUGGGUGACUUUCCCUAAUGACAGACCUCCACCGCCUGAUGAACCCGCCCCACCGCCGCCGCCGGACUCUCCUGCGCCAGACACACCCUCAUCCACGCCCUCCACCCCCAGCAGCUCGCCUGGACCGCCACCAGAUGAGCCCCCGCCUUCGCCACCACCGUUUUCUCCCGGGUCUCCUCCUCCGUUCAGUCCGCCAGACUCGCCACCUUCCAUCGUGCUUGGACCUCCACCUCCGGAUGAACCAGCCCCUCCCCUGCCCCCCUACUUCUCCCCCUGUGUUUCGCCUCCACUCUGCCUCGACGACGAGAUUGAUGAGGAGGUGCUGCAGUUUGCAGAGUAUGCUUCUUCCCCUGCCCCUAUAAGCCCUGUGCCCCCUCUGCCAGCAGAGCGGAGGUCCCCUCGGGCAGGAGUUAUUUCUCCCCUGGUCCUCGGGGUAAUGGGGGGAAAGAGGACUCCAGAGGGUGCGUACCUGAGAGAUGAUCUCCCAGACUGCGUGGGCUCGCCCAGAGAGCUGACACCCAGCUUUAGGGGCACGCCACCUCCUCUUCCUCCAACCACCUACAGGUCUAUUAUGUCUUCCCCAGGGCCGUAUUCAGGCAGCAGCCCGUCGUCUCCGGCUCGUCCCGCAACGCCACAGUCUCGAGGCAGCCCGGUCCCCCCUCCUCCUCCUCCUCGACCGUCCUCGCGACCAAAGCUGCCCCCAGGGAAACCAAUCACAGACCUGACUCGGCCGUUCAGUCCACCGGUGUCUGGCAGCCCGCCACCUUUUGCCCCACUGGCCCGGGCAGAGAGCUCUUCCUCCAUCUCUUCCGUUACCUCGCAGAGUGCAGCGUCCACUCCGACCUUAGGGAGGGAUCUCAACUUGUCCAACACAGAGGUCUCACAGCCUCUGGUAUGGUUUGACCACGGCAGGUUUUAUUUAGCUUUUGAAGGUUGCUCCAGAGGACCCAGCCCUCUUACCAUGGGACCCCAGGACACUCUACCAGUGGCAGCUGCCUUCACAGAAACCAUCAAUGCCUACUUUAAAGGCGCUGACCCCAGCAAAUGUGUUGUCAAGAUCACAGGGGAAAUGGUGCUGUCCUUCCCUGCUGGUAUAACCAGACAUUUUUCCAGCCACCCAACUCAACCCAUCCUCACCUUCAGCAUCAGCAACUACAACCGACUGGAGCAGGUCCUCCCCAAUCCACAGCUGCUCUGCUGUGAUUCCACAACAGACAGUGUCGACACCAAGGAGUUCUGGGUGAACAUGCCAAACUUGAUGAGCCAUCUAAAGAAAGUGGCUGAACAGAAGCCUCAGGCGACGUACUACAACGUGGAUAUGAUUAAAUAUCAGGUGUCAGCAGAGGGGAUCCAGUCCACUCCUCUGAACCUGGCAGUGAGUUGGCGAGGUGACACCAUCAACACGGACCUUCGAAUAGACUACAAAUACAACACAGAGGCGAUGGCUGCCCCCAUGCCACUACAUAACAUCCAAUUCCUGGUCCCUGUGAAUGGAGGCAUGGCCAGAGUCCAGGCUAUGAUCCCACCUGCCUCCUGGAAUCCAGAGCAGCAGACGAUACAGUGGAAGAUUUCCAGCCUGUCUCAUAGGUCUGAAAAUGGAGGAGUAGGGGCUCUCCUGGGCCGGUUCCAGAUAACAGAAGGUCCCUGUAAACCCUCCCAGCUGGCAGUCCAGUUCACCAGUGAGGGGAGCACGCUGUCAGGGUGCGAAAUCCAGCUGGUAGGGACCGGCUACCGGCUGUCGCUGGUCAAGAAGAGAUUUGCUGCAGGGAAAUAUUUGGCGGAUAAUUAGUGGACCUGUUUGUCAACGAGAAUCAAUGGCUUUUGACUGUGAAGACUACGGAUCCAUCCCAUGUUUAGUGCAUUUUAAACUUGAGAUAUGACAGAAUAACAAAGCAUAAC